CUCGUUUUUCUUCUUUUCUUAGAUCUUUCUUAGAUCGUUUCUUCCUUUGCCAAUAUUGUUCUCCAUUAUGAUUCACGUUUCUGUCCUUCAUUUCGUUUAUUAUUUAAAGUCCGCACGCUUUCCCAACAUUCGUUAAAUCCUAAUAAAUCCAUGCAAGAAUGUGUCUUUUACAUGCCUAUCCAUCGCAUCGUUCCUUGUGUUUCUUACACUUAUUUCGAAGAAACGAAAAUAUCGAACUUCUUGUAACGCGAUACGUCGCUCUUUUUGGUCCGGUCGCCAGUACCGCUUCGUGCCUGCUCCAUUUUGUAUUCUUAUCUGAUUAUGCAACCCUAUCGCACUUCUCCCGACUCUUCUUCGCGACUCAUCUCCCGUGAUGCACGCAUAAUCGUCGCGUUUCGAGUAGUAGUGUCAGUGAUACAUAACGACGUCGUACCGACCUGCUUCGAGGGCCGCCAGAACGUGCCGCCAGAAGUAGUCCGUCCGCCGCCGAACCAACAACAAGCCCCGAAGGCAAACGACAGAAAGAAGAGGAACAGUCCUCCCCUCCCACCGAAGAAGAAGAAGAAGAAGAGAAGAAGUAAGACCUCAGGAGAAAGCCUGUGAGUGCCACGGCAUCAGUUUACUGCCGGUAGAGCCCAGAAGAAGAACCAAAGAUGCCAGCCCCGAAGCCCCAGGAGGGAGAGGAUCCCGAUCCGACUCCGUACCUCUUCGUCUCCCUUGAGCAGAAGAGAAUCGAUCAGACGAAACCUUACGACGCGAAGAAAGCAUGCUGGGUGCCCGACGAGAAGGAGGGCUACCUCCUCGGUGAGAUCAAAGCCACCAAGGGCGACGUCGUCAGCGUCGGCUUGCCUGGCGGCGAGACCAAGGACUUCAAGAAGGACCAGCUGCAGCAGGUGAACCCGCCCAAGUAUGAGAAAGCCGAGGAUAUGUCCAAUCUGACCUACCUCAACGAUGCUUCGGUCCUCCACAAUUUGAAGCAACGUUACUACGCCAAGCUCAUCUACACCUAUUCCGGCCUGUUCUGCGUGGCUAUUAAUCCCUACAAAAGAUUCCCCGUGUACACCCAUAGAUGCGCCAAACUGUACCGCGGCAAGAGGCGUAGCGAGGUGCCGCCGCACAUUUUUGCCAUUUCUGACGGAGCCUACGUCAACAUGCUCACCAACAGCGAGAACCAGUCUAUGUUGAUCACCGGUGAGUCUGGUGCCGGAAAGACCGAGAACACGAAGAAGGUAAUCGCGUACUUCGCCACCGUCGGCGCCUCGACCAAGAAAGACAAGGCAGAAGAGGCAGCAUCGAAGAAGAAGGGCUCUCUGGAGGACCAGGUCGUCCAGACCAAUCCCGUCCUGGAGGCCUUUGGUAACGCCAAGACCGUCCGUAACGAUAACUCCUCUCGUUUCGGUAAAUUCAUCCGUAUUCACUUUGGUCCUUCCGGAAAGCUGGCCGGUGCCGACAUUGAGACAUAUCUGCUGGAGAAGGCUCGUGUCAUCUCUCAACAAACCCUCGAGCGUUCCUAUCACAUCUUCUAUCAGAUGAUGUCCGGUUCAGUCAAGGGACUAAAGGAGAUAUGCCUCCUAUCGAACAACGUCAACGAUUACUACUUCGUAUCUCAGGGCAAGACGACGAUCCCAAACGUCGACGACGGCGAGGAGUGUCUGCUGACCGACCAAGCUUUCGAUGUGCUGGGCUUCACCCAGGAAGAGAAGGAUGACAUCUACAAGAUCACCGCGUCCGUCAUGCACAUGGGUGGCAUGAAAUUCAAGCAGAGGGGUCGUGAGGAACAGGCUGAAGCCGAUGGCACUGAAGAAGGUGAUCGCGUGGCCAAGCUGCUUGGCUGCGACUGUGCCGAUCUUUACAAGAACUUGCUGAAGCCGAGGAUCAAGGUCGGUAACGAGUUCGUCACCCAGGGUCGUAACAAAGACCAGGUAGCCUAUUCCGUGGGCGCCAUGUCGAAGGCGAUGUUCGACAGGCUGUUCAAGUGGCUGGUGAAGAAGUGUAACGAGACCCUGGACACCAAGCAGAAGAGGCAGCACUUCAUCGGUGUACUGGAUAUUGCCGGUUUCGAGAUUUUCGACUUCAACAGCUUCGAGCAGCUCUGCAUCAACUUCACCAACGAGAAGCUGCAGCAGUUCUUCAACCACCACAUGUUCGUCCUCGAACAAGAAGAGUAUACACGGGAGGGCAUUGAGUGGGCCUUCAUUGAUUUUGGCAUGGACCUGGUCGCUUGUAUCGAUCUGAUCGAGAAGCCUAUGGGUAUCCUCUCCAUUCUUGAGGAAGAGUCUAUGUUCCCCAAGGCCACCGACAAGACCUUCGAGGAGAAACUGAACAACAACCAUCUCGGCAAGAGUCCCAACUUUUUGAAGCCGAAACCGCCCAAACCGGGCCAGCAAGCAGCCCACUUCGCCAUCGGCCAUUAUGCUGGCAACGUACCGUACAACAUCACCGGCUGGCUGGAGAAGAACAAGGACCCGCUGAACGACACGGUGGUCGAUCAGUUUAAGAAGUCCACUAACAAGCUACUGAUAGAGAUCUUCGCCGAUCAUCCCGGACAGUCCGGUGACGCCGGCGGCGGCGGCGGCGGCAAGGGCGGACGUGGCAAGAAGGGCGGUGGUUUCUCGACCGUGUCGUCCUCCUACAAGGAGCAGUUGAACAACCUGAUGACCACUUUGCGCGCCACCCAGCCCCACUUCGUCCGUUGCAUCAUCCCCAACGAGUUGAAGCAGCCGGGUGUGAUCGACUCCCAUCUGGUCAUGCAUCAGCUCACCUGUAACGGUGUGCUUGAAGGCAUUCGUAUCUGUCGUAAAGGUUUCCCCAACCGAAUGGUGUAUCCUGACUUCAAGCUACGGUACAAGAUCCUGGCGCCCGCGGCAGUCGACAAGGCGAAGGAGCCCAAGGACGCGGCCGCGGCUAUUCUGGAUUCCACCGGCCUCGACGCUGAUAUGUACCGUCUUGGACACACCAAGGUAUUCUUCCGUGCCGGAGUCCUGGGUCAGAUGGAGGAGCUUCGCGACGAGCGUCUCAGCAAGAUCGUGUCCUGGAUGCAAGCUUACAUCAGGGGUUACCUGUCCCGUAAGGACUACAAGAAACUCCAGGAGCAACGUCUGGCUCUCGUGGUUGUCCAGAGGAACCUGAGGAAGUACCUCCAACUCCGCACCUGGCCGUGGUGGAAGUUGUGGCAGAAGAUCAAGCCUCUACUCAACGUCACUCGUAUCGAGGACGAGAUGGCCGCGUUGGAAGAGAAAGCCAGGAAGGCGCAGGAGGCCUUCGAGAAGGAGGAGAAGCUGCGCAAGGAGCUGGAGGACAUGAAUGGCAAGCUCCUCACCGAGAAGACCAAUCUGUUGCGCCAGCUGGAGGGUGAGAAGGGCUCGCUCUCCGAGUUCCAGGAGAAAUCGUUGAAACUAGCCGCGCAGAAGGCCGACCUCGAAUCACAGCUGCAGGACCUCACCGACAGAUUCAAGGAAGAGGAGGACUCGAGGAACAAUCUCUUCCAGAACAAAAAGAAACUCGAACAAGAGGUAUCCGGUUUGAAGAAGGAUAUCGAGGAUCUCGAAUUGAAUUUGCAAAAGUCCGAGCAGGACAAGGCGACGAAGGAUCAUCAAAUCAGAAACUUAAACGAUGAAAUCGCCCACCAGGACGAGCUCAUUAAUAAGCUCAACAAGGAAAAGAAGAACCAGGGUGAAGUUAACCAGAAGACCGGCGAGGAGCUCCAGGCCGCCGAGGACAAAGUCAACCACCUCAACAAAGUCAAGCUCAAGCUCGAGCAGACGCUCGACGAGCUUGAAGACUCCCUCGAGCGUGAGAAGAAGUCACGUGCCGACGUAGAGAAGGCAAAGAGGAAGGUGGAGGGCGACUUGAAGCUCACGCAGGAAGCCGUUGCCGACCUCGAGAGAAACAAGAAGGAACUCGAACAGACCAUUCAACGCAAAGACAAGGAACUCUCAUCUCUUACUGCCAAACUUGAAGACGAACAAUCCUUAGUCGGCAAACUGCAGAAGCAGAUUAAGGAACUGCAGGCCCGCAUCGAGGAACUCGAGGAAGAGAUUGAGGCGGAACGCGGCGGACGCGCCAAGGCCGAGAAGCAACGCAGCGAUCUCGCCCGCGAGCUCGAAGAGCUUGGCGAACGCCUGGAGGAGGCCGGCGGUGCCACUUCCGCGCAAAUCGAGCUGAACAAGAAGCGAGAGGCCGAGCUCAGCAAGCUCCGCAGGGACCUCGAGGAGGCCAACAUCCAACACGAGUCCUCGCUGGCCAUCUUGCGCAAGAAGCACAACGAUGCCGUGGCCGAGAUGGGCGAGCAAAUCGACACCCUCAACAAACUUAAGGCUAGGGUUGAGAAGGAGAAGGUGCAGUACUAUAGCGAGUUGAACGACUUGCGCACGUCCUGUGACCACCUGAGCAAUGAGAAGGCCGCCCAAGAGAAGAUCGUCAAGCAGCUGCAGCACCAGUUGAACGAGACCCAGGGCAAACUUGAGGAAGUGAACCGCACUCUGAACGACUUCGAUGCCGCGAAGAAGAAGCUGUCGAUCGAGAACAGCGACCUGCUGCGCCAACUGGAGGAGGCCGAGUCGCAGGUCAGCCAGCUGUCUAAGAUCAAGAUCUCGCUCACCACACAACUGGAGGAUACGAAGAGGCUCGCGGACGAGGAGUCGCGCGAGCGCGCCACCUUGCUCGGCAAGUUCCGCAAUCUGGAGCACGAUCUGGACAACAUCCGCGAACAAGUGGAGGAGGAGGCCGAGGGUAAGGCCGAUCUUCAGCGUCAGCUCAGCAAGGCGAACGCCGAGGCGCAGCUCUGGCGCACGAAGUACGAGUCCGAGGGCGUGGCCCGGGCUGAGGAGCUUGAGGAGGCGAAGAGAAAGCUGCAAGCCAGGCUGGCCGAGGCCGAGGAGACCAUCGAGUCUCUCAACCAGAAGGUCAUCGCUCUGGAAAAGACCAAGCAACGGCUGUCCACCGAGGUGGAGGAUCUGCAAAUCGAAGUGGAUCGCGCCACCGCCAUCGCCAACGCUGCCGAAAAGAAACAGAAGGCCUUCGACAAGAUCAUCGGGGAAUGGAAGCUCAAGGUCGACGAUCUCGCCGCCGAGCUGGAUGCUAGUCAGAAGGAAUGCCGUAACUACAGUACCGAGCUCUUCAGGCUCAGAGGCGCAUACGAGGAAGGCCAGGAACAGUUGGAGGCAGUGCGUCGCGAGAACAAGAACCUCGCCGACGAGGUGAAAGACUUGCUGGACCAGAUCGGCGAGGGUGGCCGCAAUAUUCACGAGAUCGAAAAGGCCAGGAAGCGCUUGGAGGCUGAGAAGGACGAGCUUCAGGCAGCCCUGGAAGAAGCCGAAGCUGCUCUCGAGCAGGAAGAGAACAAAGUGCUGCGCAGCCAGCUUGAGCUUAGCCAGGUCAGACAGGAGAUCGAUCGCCGCAUUCAGGAGAAAGAGGAGGAAUUCGAGAACACCAGGAAGAAUCACCAGCGCGCCCUCGACUCCAUGCAAGCUUCCCUCGAAGCAGAAGCCAAGGGCAAAGCUGAGGCGCUGCGCAUGAAGAAGAAACUGGAGGCGGACAUCAACGAAUUAGAAAUCGCGUUGGACCACGCGAACAAGGCGAACGCCGAGGCGCAGAAGAACAUCAAGCGAUACCAGCAACAGCUCAAGGACGUGCAGACCGCGCUCGAGGAGGAGCAGAGAGCACGCGACGAGGCCCGCGAACUCCUCGGCAUCUCGGAGCGCCGCGCCAACGCUCUGCAGAACGAGCUCGAGGAAAGCCGCACUCUCCUGGAACAGGCGGACCGUGGUCGUCGCCAGGCCGAGCAGGAACUCGCCGACUGCCACGAACAGCUGAACGAACUGAGCGCCCAGAACGCCUCCAUUUCUGGCGCCAAAAGGAAACUCGAGGCCGAGCUGCAGACCCUCCACUCCGACUUGGACGAGCUGCUGAACGAGGCGAAGAAUUCGGAGGAGAAGGCGAAGAAGGCGAUGGUGGACGCGGCCAGAUUGGCCGACGAGCUGCGCGCCGAGCAAGAUCACGCCCAGACUCAGGAGAAGCUGCGCAAGGCCCUGGAGACGCAGAUCAAGGAGCUGCAGGUGCGCCUGGAUGAGGCCGAGGCGAAUGCCCUCAAGGGCGGCAAGAAGGCAAUCCAGAAGCUGGAACAGCGCGUGCGCGAGCUGGAGAACGAGCUGGAUGGCGAACAAAGGAGACACGCCGACGCCCAGAAGAACUUGCGCAAGUCCGAGCGUCGCAUCAAGGAGCUGAGCUUCCAGGCGGACGAGGAUCGUAAGAAUCACGAGCGCAUGCAGGAUCUGGUCGACAAGCUUCAACAGAAGAUUAAGACGUACAAGAGGCAGAUCGAAGAGGCGGAGGAGAUCGCCGCGCUGAAUCUCGCCAAGUUCCGCAAGGCGCAACAAGAGCUCGAGGAGGCCGAGGAGAGGGCGGACCUCGCCGAGCAGGCGAUCACCAAGUUCCGCACCAAGGGACGCGGCGGAAGUGCCGCACGUGGACUCAGCCCAGCGCCACACCGACCUAUGAUAAAACCCGAAUUCGAUGGUGUCCCAUUCCCUCGCCGUUUUCCCGGCUUCGACAUGCCCGAUGGUGAACUGUAAAGCUCCUUCCGAGGUUCGCGUAAAUAAUUAGUAUAAAAACAACC